CUAGAAACCGUGUUUUUUUUAUCAAAACUGAAUUUGCAUUGCUUGUUCCAUUGCUCCAAGGCACUUGAGACCUGGUCUCGGCUUGGCUUGUUGAAUGUGCUCCCUGUGGUUGACUCUUGUUUUGCGGGUUGGUUCUUUGGGCUCAAAGACAGGUUGUCAGCUGACCAUAUCACCAAGAUUGUGUGUUCCCUUUAGAAUAGCUGGAUUGCUCGAAAUAGUAUGGUCUUUGAUGGUAGGGCGUUCUCUCGACCCACUGUGGCAAUUUUAGCUGAACGAGAUGUUCAGAACGUUCAGGAAGCUAGGACUAUAUCCUCAUCUUUCCCCUCUUCUAGUUCAGCUGGUUUGCCUUCUCAGCCAGAGAGUUCUCGGUCGCCGACCUUAUCACCACCUGGCCCUUUCAUUAAGGUUUUGCAUUGCGAUGGGUCCUUUGUUUCUCAUGCACAGAUGGCGGCUUAUGGGAUUGCUAUUGCUAACUCUCAUAGUCAGGUUAUCGACGGGAAGGCUGAGAGAUUGAUUUGUUCUUCUCCGUUACAAGCGAAAGCUGUUGCGAUUCUUAAUGCAGUUAUCUUGGCGGCCCAGGAUCCAGUCCCAACAGGUAUCAGAUCUGACUAUUAGAGGUUGAUGAUUGCGUUGAGACAGGAUUUGAGCCUUUCGCUCGGGCAAUGGCGGGCAACCCUUGUCUGUGUGGUUUCCAUUCUCCGUGCUUCUCCCUGGAUCUCGGUUGAGUUUGUUCCCCGUUGAUUCAAUAGGCUGGCUGAUUAGAUCGCAAAGAACUCUCGUCAUGGUCUCCUUCCCCCUUAAUGGAUUGUUAUUGGCGACCUUAUCGCUCCAUUAUUGUAAUUGUAAUGCUUCCCAAUUGUUGGGGUCUGGAAUGAAAUGAAUGAAGUUUG